AUGCUUCCCGACGAGCUUCUCCUCGAAAUCCUUCGCCAUCUCCCCAAAGGCGACCUUUUCAGUGUCACCUACGCCUCGCGGCACCUCUGUGCACUUGCCCGCACCUUCCUAUAUACGGGCUUCACCUUUCACCCGUAUGUCUUCGAGGCAGAGGCCGCCGUGCUGCGCUGUCCACCGCCAGAGCAAUGCAACGAGCUGUUGGAGCAGCUGGCGUUCUUAGCGUCACAAGAGAUAGCGCCGUACGUCCGCUUCGUACACGUUAGACUCAACCGGCUGCGCAGGAACCAUCCCGACUUCGUGCGGGUCAACAGCGGUAUAUCCUUUGCGCUGUUUGCGGACGAGGACGACACCGAUGCCAUGCUCCCGCCCUUCUUCUUCACCUUGGAAGCUUUCCGCAAUCUCCGGGUAUUCGAUGCACAGAGACUUCUGUUCACAUCCACCGCGCUCGCGGCAUUGGCCCAGCUGCAAUCAUUGGAACAGGUAUCCAUGUGGGACUGUACCUUGGCACUCUCCUUGCCUCUUUUGCCCACUCAAGCCAAAAUGCACGUGGUGUCAUUGAGCCUACUUCAGGGCGAUGACCCGGAUCUCUGGCUUCAGCUCGUCGUCCCUGCCGCACUCCGCAAACUGUACGUCUCGGGGGCCCACGAGUUCGGUUGCGCCGAUUUCUCGUCGCUCCCUGUAUUCGCGAAUCUGGCUGACGUAACGAUCCCGCUGCGCCAAGCCGAGCUUUCCGCCAUGCUACCCCUGCUGAAUGCUGCAUUCCCGAGCAUGGAGCUCCUUCGAAUCGACGGCGGAAGUCGAGGCGAAGCCGACGCAUACGUGUCGCCAUCGAAUGCAUUUGACCACUUGAAGGAGCUCCAUGGACGACGAAACGCUGCGGUUGCAUUCCUGGCCCUUGCCAGCAUCCACGUGCUCACGCUGCAUAUCACCGACGCGCCGACGCUGCUGGCCUCAUUCGGUGUGCUGCCGUCCGCGGCGUUUGCAGCUCUCACAAAUCUCUCCUUGCAGCUUGAACGCUGCGACACGAGUGAGCUGCUGGGCUCCAUCUUGGGCCACUUCCCCGUGCUGCAAGCGUUUACCGUCGACCUCGCGCUUGAUCGCCAUGCGCACCGCGCGGCCCGCCAUUCGAUCCUCGCGCUGGUGACGACCCUCCCGCCGCUGCUCCCUCCCACGUUGCACAUCCUCCGACUCUAUGCCCAGGCAUACGGGCGCCCCGAUGCGGUUGGCCCCGAUGCGGACUACGCUAUCCCGGACCCUCGCGUGGUGCACACGCAAGCCGUGGAACGCUGUCCCAAGCUCGCGGUCGUCGAGAUUCGUGUGCCGCUAUUUCGACUGCGUUGGACGGAGGGCCAGGGGUUUGAAGGGGAAGGCAUGGGGAGCGAGUGA